GUAUUUGCCAAACGCUUUUCACGUGUGCAGGUUGUACUGUUACUGACUCUGUGGCGGGCUGAUGACGGCAGAGGGCGUGCGUUAUAAACGCUGCGCUUUUAUCCUGUCGUGUUGUUGCGCUUUCAGAAAGACUCGCUUCAGUUCUCCGUGAAUAUGGCGAAUGUUUGGGGGAAUAUUCUCAUACUUGUCUUUACGCACUUUGUAGGGUCUCAAGGGAAUCAGUGCGGCGAACCAACGAAAUAUCCAGACAGACGACUGGACGAGAAAUAUCGUCACAUAUCAGACUUCAAGCAUAACGACAAUGUGGAGUAUAAUUGUGCUCCGGGUUACAGGAGGACGGGGGGAAGCCAGAUAUCCUUCUGUAAGGAGGGAAGCUGGACACCUUCAGAUUUGACAUGUGAAAAAAUGUCGUCAUCACAUGGAACAAAACGGCGAUUUUCAAGGCAGGUCCGUGAGAUUUUGAAAGGUGCGGAAUGUUCCAGACCUCCAGUAAAGAAUAAUGGAAUUGUGCAUAGUGAGAAGACCAAAUUCAAGCAAGGAGAACAGGUGUCCAUCACCUGCAGGACCGGAUUUAAUGGAUCUGGACUUUACACAUGUUCAACCAACCAGACCUGGCACCCAAGGAAGCCGAAGUGUGUCAUGGUCAAAUGUCCAGUCAUUGAAAUCAUCAAUGGUGACAGAUCGUCUAAUAGAGUCAGAUAUAAGACCACUGUUGGUAUCACCUGUAAACCUGGAUUCAUUCUGCGUGGUGCUCAAUAUCUCCGCUGUGAGCUGAACGGCUCCUGGACCCCAGACAUCCCCAAGUGUGAGCCUGAGUCGACCGUCACAUGUUCAUCACCAGCUGUGGCUCAUAGAGGAAUAAAAUCUGGAGAGAAGCCACAUUAUAACGUUGGAGAGACUGUCACCAUCAGCUGCUUGGAGGGCUUUUAUCUUAUUGGCUCAUCACAGACCACAUGUGGAUCAGACGGCCAAUGGCAGCGCUUGCCUGUGUGUCGCCCUGAAGUAAGAUGCUCGGCACCGUUGAUGGUGAAUGGAAAAAUACAAUCUGGAGACAAGCCACAUUAUAAACUUCACGACACCGUGACCGUCAGCUGCACAGAAGGCUACGAUCUGAUUGGCUCGUCACAAGUCACAUGUGGAUCAGACGGCCAAUGGCAGCGCUUGCCUGUGUGUCGCCCUGAAGUAAGAUGCUCGGCACCGUUGGUGGUGAAUGGAAAAAUACAAUCUGGAGAGAAGCCACAUUAUAAACUCCACGACACCGUGACCGUCAGCUGCACAGAAGGCUACGAUCUGAUUGGCUCGUCACAAGUCACAUGUGGAUCAGACGGCCAAUGGCAGCGCUUGCCUGAGUGCCGCUUUAAAGUUUCUCUUACAGGUAAUUGUGGUCCAGCUCCCUUCUAUCCUCACGCUCAUCUCAGAGUCGAGCAUUCAACAGUGCAGAGAGAAUACGCAGCAGAAGCUAGGCUUCGAUACAAGUGCACUAUAGGACACAGAUUUGCUGGAGGUAGAGACAUUAUAUACUGUAGAAACGGACGGUGGACAGAUCUGCAGAUGAGAUGUGAACCAAAGAGAUGUGGUUCUGUCGACGAGAUAUUAAACGGCCGCAUCGAAUACACCGGCGUGUCAUAUGGGGACACAGCGACAGUCAUCUGUGAUGAGGGGCAUGAGACGAUUGGUCGACCUGUGCGGUACUGUAGGGACGGAGGCUGGGAUGGAAGGAACGCCGAGUGUGAACCUGUGUACUGUCCUCCGCCUCCGCUGGUCAAGAAUGCAGACAUGUUUGACCUCACAUAUGAACAAGUUCCGUUUGGUAACAUGGUGUCCUAUCGCUGUCGUACCGGCUCUCUGAUUGGUGCAAGUCAGAUUCACUGCACCAAGAACAGAACGUGGAGCGCUCCUCCUCCUGAAUGUCGAGAGUCGACCGUCACAUGUUCAUCACCAGCUGUGGCUCAUAGAGGAAUAAAAUCUGGAGAGAAGCCACAUUAUAACGUUGGAGAGACUGUCCCCAUCAGCUGCUUGGAGGGCUUUUAUCUUAUUGGCUCAUCACAGACCACAUGUGGAUCAGACGGCCAAUGGCAGCGCUUGCCUGUGUGUCGCCCUGAAGUAAGAUGCUCGGCACCGUUGAUGGUGAAUGGAAAAAUACAAUCUGGAGACAAGCCACAUUAUAAACUUCACGACACCGUGACCGUCAGCUGCACAGAAGGCUACGAUCUGAUUGGCUCGUCACAACUCACAUGUGGAUCAGACGGCCAAUGGCAGCGCUUGCCUGUGUGUCGCCCUGAAGUAAGAUGCUCGGCACCGUUGGUGGUGAAUGGAAAAAUACAAUCUGGAGAGAAGCCACAUUAUAAACUCCACGACACCGUGACCGUCAGCUGCACAGAAGGCUACGAUCUGAUUGGCUCGUCACAAGUCACAUGUGGAUCAGACGGCCAAUGGCAGCGCUUGCCUGAGUGCCGCUUUAAAGUUUCUCUUACAGGUAAUUGUGGUCCAGCUCCCUUCUAUCCUCACGCUCAUCUCAGAGUCGAGCAUUCAACAGUGCAGAGAGAAUACGCAGCAGAAGCUAGGCUUCGAUACAAGUGCACUAUAGGACACAGAUUUGCUGGAGGUAGAGACAUUAUAUACUGUAGAAACGGACGGUGGACAGAUCUGCAGAUGAGAUGUGAACCAAAGAGAUGUGGUUCUGUCGACGAGAUAUUAAACGGCCGCAUCGAAUACACCGGCGUGUCAUAUGGGGACACAGCGACAGUCAUCUGUGAUGAGGGGCAUGAGACGAUUGGUCGACCUGUGCGGUACUGUAGGGACGGAGGCUGGGAUGGAAGGAACGCCGAGUGUGAACCUGUGUACUGUCCUCCGCCUCCGCUGGUCAAGAAUGCAGACAUGUUUGACCUCAAAUAUGAACAAGUUCCGUUUGGUAACAUGGUGUCCUAUCGCUGUCGUACCGGCUCUCUGAUUGGUGCAAGUCAGAUUCACUGCACCAAGAAUGGAACGUGGAGCGCUCCUCCUCCUGAAUGUCGAGAUAUUGUUUGUCCUGUACCCAAACUGCCAGAUGCUUCCGGAAUGAUGGGCUACAGGUCUGUCUAUAGAUUUGGGGACACAGUGAGAAUCAACUGCAAUCCUGGUUUCAGAUUUGCAGAAGAAUAUUACGUCAAGUGUGGAAUAGAUGGAAAAUGGACACCAGAACCUUCCAAACUGUGCCGGUCUUCACGUGCUGCACACUAUUAACAAAAGCGUUCUCUGGCUUCAGAUGUUACAAUUUAUCAGUUACAUUGUUGCUAAUUAUUUUGUUUAAAAUCAAUCAGUUUUUUUUAUAUAAACAGGUGAUUAUGGUUUGUUAAUAUUGUGUUGUCAUCAAAAAAAUUUCAGAGCAUCAUUGAAGAUGACGUCCAUAAAGCUGAAUAUUUUUACCAUUAAAAAUGAGUAUUAGUCAUUAGUUUUUUUUCCUUUGCGGUUCUUUAACCAAGCAUGAACAUGAAUUUCUUGAAAAUAUCCAGAUCAAGAAUGAUCAUUGUUCUGAAGUGAUUCAGCUUCAGCACAUUGUGCUUGCAUUAAAUCUGGACACUGCGUAUCAGUAGCAAAAAUGAAAAGCAAUUGUAAAGAAUAAUCUGAGGAAUGGUGAAAAUGCAUGAACAGAAAAAGGAUUUGAUCUAUUUCUGUACUUGAUACAUUUUAAUCUUUAUGUUUUUAUGGUUUAUUUAUUUUUCUUAAAAUUGAUAAUGUCCCAGGAAUGUAAUUAUGAAUAUAUGGCACUGCAUUUUAAAGAUAAUCCAGCUUUUACAUUGGGUUAAUACAUAAAGACAUUGGUCUCUUAACAUUACUGAGAAUAUUCUCAAACUCCAGAAGUUCAACCAAAGGACUGUUUUUAUUUCAGUAAUUAAACCUCAGUGUUCACUGUACACUCAUAAAAUGAAUAAAUAUUUAAAGUAUA